AUGGUCUCCGCCGACGCAGCUCGCAACAUCGUCGGCAUCAUCGGCAAUGUCAUCUCCUUCGGGCUCUUCCUCUCCCCUACGCCAACGUUAUGUCGGAUCUGCAAGGCCAAGGAUGUGGAGGAGUUCAAGCCGGACCCCUACCUCACGACGCUGCUCAACUGCAUGCUCUGGGUCUUCUAUAGCCUCCCCAUCGUCCACCCCAACAGCAUCCUCGUCGCCACCAUCAACGGCAUCGGGCUCGUCAUCGAGGGCGCCUACCUCAUCAUCUUCUUAAUCUACUCCACCAACAACAAGCGGCUGAAGAUGCUCGGCGUGCUCGCCGCCGAGGCGGUGUUCAUGGUGUGCGUGGUGAUCGGCGUGCUCCUCAGCGCCCACACCCACGAGAAGCGCUCCAUGAUCGUCGGCAUCCUCUGCGUCAUCUUCGGCUCUAUCAUGUAUGCCUCCCCGCUCACCAUCAUGGGUAAAGUGAUCAGGACCAAGAGCGUGGAGUACAUGCCAUUCUUCCUGUCGCUGGUGAACUUCCUCAAUGGGUGCUGCUGGACGGCCUAUGCGCUCAUCAAGUUCGAUCUCUAUGUAACGAUCCCCAAUGGCCUUGGCGCUUUUUUCGGCCUCGUCCAGCUGAUCCUCUACGCCUGCUACUACAAGUCGACCCCGAAGAAGGAGAAGAACGUCGAACUGCCCAACGCCAUCAACAACAACAUUAGCGGAGGCGGCGAUAACGUCUCCAUCACCGUCGAGAGAUAA